CAUAUAAAUAAUAACAACAUCUUAGCUGGCAUGUGGGCAGUUUACCUGUCAGGGAGGCGGCGCAUUUCCGCACUCAGUGAAAACAGUCCCAACUUGUUUGUUCGCUAGAAAAGAAUCUCAGGUACGAGCAGGUAGAAGCAGCAUGUCGGUCGACAGUGUGUUCAGGACCCGGUCUCUCGGUGUGGCCGCCGUGGGUCUGCCCGAUCAAUACGCCGAUGGCAAAGCAGCGAAAGUGUGGCAGCUGUACAUCGGAGACACGAAGAGCCGGACGGAGGAGUACAAAAGCUGGGUGGUGUCCCUGCUGAAGCAGCACGGGGUGCGGAGGGUGCUGGAUGUAGCCUGCGGAACAGGGAUUGACUCCAUCAUGUUGGUGGAGGAAGGGUUUAAUUUGGUGAGUGUGGAUGCCAGCGACAAAAUGCUCAAGUAUGCACUGAAGUCAAGAUGGGAGAGAAGAAAAGAACCAGCUUUUGACCAGUGGGUGAUCGAAGAGGCCAACUGGUUGACGUUACCAGAAGACAUUCAGAAACCGGGAGACGGCUUCGACGCUGUUAUCUGCCUCGGCAACUCUUUCGCUCACUUGCCAGACUUUAAAGGGGACCAAAGUGACCAAAAGCUGGCCCUUCGCAACAUUGCCAGCAUGGUCAGACCAGGCGGGAUUCUCAUCAUCGACCACCGCAACUACGACUACAUCCUGGAGACUGGGCGCGCUCCACAAGGCAAGAAUAUCUACUACAAGAGCGACCUAACUCAGGACAUCACCACCUCAGUGUUGUGGGUCAACAGUAAGCCCCAUAUGAUCACUCUUGACUACACCAUCCAAGUGCCGCAGGUCACCCUGCAGAGUCUGCCUGAGGUCAGUAAGUUCCGUCUGUCCUACUACCCUCACCGCCUGGAGAGCUUCACGGGUCUGCUGAACGAGGCCUUCAGCGGUCACAUGGAGCACAGCGUUUACGGGGAUUUCAAGACUUACGUGCCGGGCCAGCCUCAGGCUCCGUGCUACUUCAUCCACGUGUGCAAGAAGAAGGCCUGAGGACUCCCGACAACUGCCCUGAUGCUGAUGUGCACACAGUGCUUAGAAAAAAAAAAGUACUGCACAGUAAACAAUGGAAGAAUCAUUUACACUGCUGUAUUAUCCUAGUCUAAAUAUUUUUCUGUAAUUUUUUUUUUCAAAACUAAUAUAAUUUUCACUUGAAUAAAAAAGUUGAGUUCUGCCUCAGUGAACUCAACUGGUCUCACAUCUCUGCCUCAGCACACUGAAAUACUCUUCUUCUUGUAGGAUAAAAUGUAUCAUGCACACAGUUCAUGAGUGGUUUGAAAUCCACGUUAGAAGGUAUGAGAAGAAUGGCAGAACGUCUCAGUGCGUUUGGAAAUAAAGAUAAUUUCAUGACAUUUAUGUUUCCAGUUCUUUUAAGAGAAAGUGUAAAACAUUUCGUAAAAUGUAUUUCCUGUGUGAUUAUUGAAAUCUGUUGCAUGAAAUAAAAAUCUUUGAAAUUA